AUGAGCUCUGAAGAGGCCACCGGACAGGUGAAAAACCUGUCCUUGAAGGACAAUAAAGGUGAGGCAAAAGCUGCAAAACCAAACAAGAAGUCUAAGCAACAGUCGUUGUAUUUGGAACCACAACCAGGAUUCAUCGAUGAUAGAAUUCAAUUGUUUGAAGAUCUAAAAAAGAAAUACGACGAGAAAGUGGCCUCGAUGCCUCGUGUUCCAUUGAAGAUUGUCUUGAAGGAUGGUUCUGUCAAGGAAGGUACUGCAUGGGAAACUACUCCAAUGGAUAUUGCCAAGGAAAUUGCCAAAUCUUUACCUGAUAGACUCUGUAUUGCUAAGGUGAACAACCAACUGUGGGAUUUGGAUAGACCAUUUGAAGGCGAAGAGGGCGAAGAGAUUAAAGUGCAACUUUUGGACUUCGAAUCUGAGGAAGGUAAGAAAGUUUUCUGGCAUUCUUCUGCCCACGUUCUGGGUGAAGCUUGUGAAUGUAACUUGGGAGCUCAUAUCUGUUUGGGACCCCCAACCGAUGAUGGGUUUUUCUACGAAUUUGCCGUCAGAGAUAGUAUGAAACCAGUCGAAGGUGAAGAGAGAACUGUUUCUCAAAACGAUUUCCCAGCUUUAGAAGGUGUUGCCAAAAAUGUUAUUAAGCAAAAGCAAAAAUUCGAAAGGUUGGUCAUGUCUAAGGAAGACCUAUUGAAGAUGUUCCAUUACUCUAAGUACAAGACUUACUUAGUCAACACUAAGAUCCCAGAUGGAGGUUCUACUACCGUUUACCGUUGUGGUUCCCUAAUUGACUUGUGCACUGGUCCACAUAUUCCAAAUACCGGUCGUAUUAAGGCUUUCAAGCUUCUGAAGAACUCGUCAUGUUACUUUCUUGGUGAAUCAGACAACGACUCUUUGCAAAGAGUCUACGGUAUUGCUUUCCCAGACAAAAAGUUGAUGGAUGCGCAUUUGAAAUUUUUGGCUGAAGCCUCUAUGAGAGAUCACAGAAAGAUUGGUAAGGAACAAGAAUUGUUCUUAUUUCAUGAAAUGUCUCCAGGUUCGUGUUUCUGGCUACCUCACGGAACCAGGAUUUACAACAAGUUGGUGGACUUGAUGAGAGGUGAGUACAAUAAGAGAGGCUACGAAGAAGUCAUUACUCCAAACAUGUAUAACUCCAAGUUGUGGGAAACUUCAGGUCAUUGGGGUAACUACAAGGACAACAUGUUCACAUUUGAAGUUGAAAAGGACACUUUUGGGUUAAAGCCAAUGAACUGUCCAGGUCAUUGUUUGAUGUUCAAAUCCAGAGAACGUUCAUACAGAGAAUUGCCUUGGAGAGUUGCCGAUUUUGGUGUCAUUCACAGAAACGAAUUUUCAGGUGCUCUAUCUGGUUUGACUCGUGUUAGAAGGUUCCAACAGGAUGAUGCUCAUAUCUUCUGUACCCAAGAUCAAAUCGGACAAGAAAUUGAAGACAUCUUUGAUUUCUUGAAGUUUGUCUACGGUGUCUUUGGUUUCGAGUUCAAGAUGGAACUAUCUACAAGACCUGAAAAGUUUGUUGGUGAGAUAGAAACAUGGAACAAGGCCGAGUCCACCUUAGAAGCUGCUUUGAGAAAUUGGGGUGGUGACUGGGAGUUGAACCCAGGUGAUGGUGCCUUCUACGGUCCAAAGAUUGAUAUCAAGAUCUCUGACGCUUUAAGAAGAUGGCAUCAAUGCGCCACAAUCCAACUGGAUUUCCAAUUGCCAAGCAGAUUCGAAUUGGAAUUUAAGGCUAAGGAUAACGAAGUUGGUGGUGAGAACUACGAAAGACCUGUGAUGAUUCAUCGUGCUAUCCUAGGUUCCGUGGAGAGAAUGACUGCUAUCUUGACUGAACACUUCGCUGGUAAGUGGCCAUUUUGGUUAUCGCCUCGUCAAGUUCUCCUAGUUCCAGUCGGUGUCAAAUACCAACAGUACGCUCAAGAAGUGCGCGACAAAUUGCACAACGCUGGUUUCUACGCCGAUGUUGACUUGACCGGUAAUACACUACAAAAGAAGGUCAGAAACGGUCAAAUGUUGAAGUACAACUUUAUCUUCAUUGUCGGUGAACAAGAGAUGAACGAAAACUCCGUCAACAUUAGAAACAGAGAUGUUAUGGAGCAACAAGGAAAGAACGCUACCGUUGAAGUCAAUGUCGUCCUAGACCAACUGAAGAAGCUGGCCGAAGAGAAGAGAGCUGAUAACAUGCUAUCCUAA